CCGUAAUGUUAUUCUCAAAUGUAGCACAAUUUCUUUCAUUGGAAUGUCUUUGAGUUAUACUACUACUUUUCAAAGUUUAGGAGCGAAUAUUCUUUUGUUUCUCUUCGUCAAGACUCGACUCGCAUUGUUUUUUUCAACAACCUUUGUGCUUCAUUUGUUAUUAAUGCUGCUUGAUUGCUUGUUAAAGGCUAUCAGCAUACAGGAAGCCUGUAUUCAUAGCGUUGCUUUGAAAUAUACUUUAUGAUAUAUUUCUGCAGACAUUGAUUGGUUCAGGUCCAACAUGUAUUCUAUUCUGAAGCAAGUUGUCUAAUUUGAAAAAGGCACUUGUGUAUCCUGCCCAAGACAAAAUCAGGUACAUUUGUGUCUGUCGAGGCUUUGAGAAACUUUUUGGACACGAGAUUGUACCGUUUCUUCAUUCAUAAGUGUUUUCUUCCAUUGGGUGUCAAAUUGAAAUACAAGUGGAUGUUAAAGUACGAAGACCAACAAGGAAAAGUCUUUAUUUCUACCAAAAAGAAUAAUUACAGAAUAUAGAAGGACACUAAAGGAAACGAGAAGUUUUUAACUUUUAGAAAAUCGCCUUGAAUACAUUUCACUUUG